AUGAACUAUGAUGAAAGCGAUCGUGCAGGAUUUACUCCUUUGAUGCUUGCAGAAAAGAGUAACAAUGCAAAAGUAGUUUGCUAUUUGAUUGCGAUGGGAGCAAAACGCAAUGAAAAUAUAAAGGCAGUAGAGUUUGAAAUUGUCAAUCAAUUGGCCAAAUCCCAGGCAGAUCAGAUACGCUUAUAUCUAUCUUCUUAUCAUAAAAAUGCUUUGUAUCAAGAUGAGUAA